ACUCCCUCAUGAGAUAAAGGGAAGUAUCAAGUUACUCUAGUUUUUAGAAAGAUCCGAGUAAAAUGAUCGCGGACAGUUGACACAAAUCAUACAGUACUUGUGACAGCUAGUUCCUUCUUCCAAGAAAUCAGAAACCAAAAAAAAUACGAAAUACUCGUAUUCAUCCUCAGAAUCAACUGGGCCCCACCAAAUUAAAUAAAAAAGCAGAAAAAAAAACCUUAACGAACUGGGGCCCACUAUGAAGUCCUACGUUACCAGCCCUAUGGCGGGUCUUUUUAAACCUCCCAUAUUCACUUGAACUCUUCUCAUUUCUCUUAUCUCUAAUUUUUUUUCUAAGUUUUUUCCUCCUUUAACUCUACAUAUAGAGAAAAACGUUUGACGCCCAUGGUAUUUUCCGGCGUCUUUCCCUCGAUAUUGUGAAUAUUUAAACCAGGAAUUUGGUAAAAUGAGAAGACCAUUACAAGGAGUUGUAUGUGACGUCAAAGGAAGAUUAGCAUGUUACAAGCAAGAUUGGGUUGGUGGUAUCAGAUCUGGACUUGGGAUACUAGCCCCAAGUACGUACAUCUUCUUUGCAUCUGCUCUUCCUGUCAUAGCCUUUGGGGAACAACUCAGCAGAGAUACAGAUGGAAGCUUGAGCACGGUUGAGACUCUAGCUUCAACAGCAAUAUGUGGGAUCAUACAAUCAUUUUUUGGUGGACAACCUCUAUUGAUAGUUGGGGUUGCAGAACCAACUGUGAUUAUGUACUCUUACCUCUACAACUUUGCGAAAGGGCGGUCCGAUUUGGGACAAGAACUUUAUCUAGCUUGGGCAGGAUGGGUUUGUGUAUGGACUGCCCUUAUGUUAGUUCUUCUUUCGAUAUUUAAUGUUGCCUCGAUCAUCAACCGGUUUACAAGGAUUGCUGGGGAGCUAUUUGGCAUGUUGAUUACAGUCCUCUUCAUCCAAGAAGCUAUCAAGGGUGCUGUAAGUGAGUUUGGAGUUCCCAAGGCCGAGGAUUCUAGUGAAGAGCAAUUCCAGUUCCAAUGGCGGUAUGUAAAUGGGUUGUUGGGCCUCAUUUUUACCUUUGGUGUUCUUUCCACGGCCUUAAAGAGUCGUAGAGCAAGAUCAUGGCGGUAUUGUACAGGGCGUAUCAGAAGCUUCACUGCAGAUUAUGGAGUUCCUUUGAUGGUUGUGGUUUGGACUGCCUUAUCAUAUAGCGUGCCUAAAGGAGUUCCACAGGGCGUACCUCGAAGACUCUAUAGUCCUCUGCCUUGGCAAUCUGAAUCCUUGUGCCAUUGGACUGUGAUCACGGAUAUGGCAAAGGUGCCUGUAACAUACAUUUUUUCUGCCAUAGUCCCGGCUUUGAUGGUAGCAGGACUGUAUUUUUUCGAUCAUACUGUUGCUUCACAAUUGGCCCAACAAAAGGAGUUCAAUCUAAGAAAACCUUCUGCUUACCACUAUGAUAUCUUGGUUCUUGGACUUAUGACAUUGAUUUGUGGACUUCUUGGACUUCCACCUGCAAAUGGUGUUCUUCCACAAUCUCCAAUGCAUACUAAGAGCCUUGCUAGCCUUAAAAAGCAGUUAAUAGGGAAGAAGAUGGUUGAAUCUGCCAAGGAAAGCAUUAAGAAGAAUGCUAGCAGAAAUGAGAUCUAUGGCCAAAUGCAAAAUGUUUUUAUCGAAAUGGAUCAAAGUCCUGAUCCCUAUAUAGUUGCCAAGGAGCUUGAAGAACUAAAACAGGCAGUGAUGAAGGGAGACAGCAGCCCUGAAUCAAAGGACAACAAGCCUUUUAGACUCGAUCACAUCGAUGCAUAUUUGCCUGUUAGAGUCAAUGAGCAAAGAUUGAGCAACUUGUUACAGUCAGUCCUUGUAGCAGGCGCUUUGUUUGCUAUGCCCGUGAUCAAGUUGAUACCCACCUCUGUUCUUUGGGGAUACUUCGCGUACAUGGCCAUUGAUAGUCUCCCAGGAAGCCAAUUUUGGGAAAGAAUCCUCCUCCUUUUUGUCACUCCAUCUAGGCGUUACAAGGUUCUGGAAGAUGCUCAUGCCUCUUAUGUAGAAUCAGUGCCCUUCAAAUACAUUGCUGCUUUCACAAUAUUCCAGUUCAUAUACUUGGCUAUUUGCUUCGGAAUUACCUGGAUUCCAAUUGCUGGGAUUCUAUUUCCUUUGCCUUUCUUCCUUCUCAUAAGCAUACGCCAAUACAUGCUCCCUAAGCUGUUCCACCCGGCUUAUCUGCAAGAACUAGAUGCUGCUGAGUAUGAGGAGAUUGCUGGUGCACCAAGGCGCGCUCAUAGUUUGUCUUUCAGAAGGGAUGCUCUCGAAGAUGAGCUUGUAGGAGAUGAUGGUGAGAUAUUUGAUGAACUGACAACCAGCAGAGGGGAGUUUAAACUCAGAACCUUGAGCUUUGAAAAUCCUCAGGUUCGACCACACGAAGUUCUUCAUCCAGAGUGAAGCAAGUAGAAAAGAUAUUAUUCGAUCAUGCAUAAAAUUUUUGGUAUAAUUUGAAUUCUUAAGUUUGUAUGAUAAUACCAAUGAUUUCUUAGUCGAAAAAUUAAGAUUGAGGUUAUAACCUGUAAAAAUGUAUAGGUUAAUUUAAGGUCCAAAUUAAAGCUUGAUUUCCCUUCAUUAAAUGAGUAUUUAUGUAAACUUUGCUAGGAGGGGCUUAUCAUGUACCAGUUCAUCAUGCACAAACUUAAUGUAUUGCUUUCCAUAAAUUGUUGUAUUGAAAUUAUCAGUGACAUCUUGGCCAAAAGGUUAAGAUUGAGGUUAUAUAUAACACAAGUACAUGUUUAAGGUUUUAAGAUUGAAUUCUUUCCAUUUUAUGUGCAUUGUUUGACCAAAGAUAAUGAAAUUUCACGUUUUCUUGUAUUUUAUUUCUCUAACUAGCAUGCUCGUUUUUUUAUGAGCUAAUGGCAUUCCAAGUUGUGGUGCACUCAAGAGUAUUAUUAUUUAGGAAAUUUUAGAAAAUAACACCACUAAAACGUCACGAUCUUAAUUAUAACACCAAAAAAAACAAAAAUAAAAAAAU